UUGUGAAUAGUCACAGCUCCAGCAGCGACAAAGUCAUUAUAUAUGGUUUUAUUUAAAACUUUCUGACGUGUGUGCGGAAACGAUUGCGCGCGCAAUGAAUCAAGCACCAGUAUCGUGUAUUCCUGCGGGCAAGAUGUCAAAAGCAAAGAAAGUGCUCGAUGAAGCACGAGAAAUUCAAAAUCCUGAACUGGAUCUCGUCGACAAGGGCAUUGCAUCGUUCGAGGAGAUGCCAGGAUUGCUUAAUAUGAUCAAUAUUACCAGAUUAUCAUUGAGCCAUAAUAAAAUACAAGAGGUACCACCAGGCUUGGCUAAUUUAGUCAAUUUGGAGAUAUUGAAUCUUUUUAAUAAUCAUAUCACCGAAUUACCUAUUUCUUUAUCUCAGAUGCCAAAAUUAAGAAUCCUUAACGUGGGAAUGAACAGAUUAGAUGUAUUACCUCGUGGAUUUGGUGCUUUUCCAGUCUUAGAAGUUUUAGAUCUGACAUAUAACAAUUUAAGUGAAAAAAAUUUACCUGGAAAUUUUUUUAUGAUGGAAACUUUGAGAGCUCUCUACUUGGCUGAUAAUGAUUUUGAAUAUUUACCACCUGAAAUUGGACAAUUAAAGAAUCUUCAAAUUCUUGUUUUAAGAGAAAACGAUCUAGUUGAAUUACCAAAGGAAAUUGGAGAAUUGAGUCGUUUAAGAGAACUGUAUAUACAAGGAAAUCGUUUAACAGUUUUACCUCCAGAAUUAGGAAAUUUGGAUUUAGUGAGCAACAAAGCUGUAUUUAGAAUGGAAUUUAAUCCUUGGGUAACACCAAUUGCAGAUCAAUUACAAGUCGGUAUUUCUCAUGUAAUAGAUUAUAUUCGUUCUGAAACAUAUAAAUACGUUUACAGUCGACAUCAAAACGCUAAAGGACCGCCACCACCAAUCGAAAAUGAUAAAAGCAAAAAAAUUUCACGUGCUCGUUGAUAUCAAGAAAUAUUUGAUUAUGCUUUAAUGAUCUAACGCUUCAGAUUAUCAUUUCUUAAUCUCUUCACUGCCAUUAAUCUCGUGUGUACGACGACUUGUAACUAAAAUCAGGGAUACUAGUGCCUUACAUAUUUUUUUUUUUUUAUAUAUAUAUUUUUUAACGCUA